CUUCGCAGCUGAUUUUCUUCGCGGCUAACUUAGCCCCAACAAAGCGUACGCGUUUAGCGAGCCGUGGUUGCAGAAUGUCGUUCAUCGCCCGUAAUGUGGCCAGAACGCUGGUGCAGGCUUCUUGCCGAGGAAUCCACUCCACGACUGUCGCCCAGAACCCGCGGUCCAGUUCGAAAUCGGAAGGUCGCAUCACCUGCACCCUAAUUCCCGGAGAUGGUGUCGGCCCGGAGCUGGUGUACUCGGUGCAGGAAGUGUUCAAGGCCGCCGAUGUGCCGGUUGACUUUGAAACGUUCUUCCUUUCGGAGGUGAACCCUACGCUCAGUGCCCCACUCGAGGAUGUCGUGCGGUCGAUCAACAAGAACAAGGUGUGCCUGAAGGGUAUCCUUGCAACGCCCGACUUCAGCCGCACCGGCGAGCUAGAAACGCUGAACAUGAAACUGCGUAACGAGCUCGAUCUGUAUGCGAACGUCGUGCAUGUCGUGAGCCUGGAGGGGGUUAAUACUCGCCACACGGGCAUCGAUGCGGUUGUCAUUCGCGAGCAGACCGAGGGUGAAUAUUCGGCCCUGGAACAUGAAGCCGUGCCCGGCGUGAUUGAGUGCCUGAAGGUGAUCACUGGCCAAAAAUCAGCUCGCAUUGCCAAGUUCGCCUUCGACUAUGCUACCAAGCACAACCGCAAGAAGGUCACCUGCGUCCACAAGGCCAACAUCAUGAAGCUGGGCGACGGUCUCUUCCUGAAGAAAUGCGAAGCGAUCGGAAAACUGUACCCUAGGAUCCAGUUUGAGAAAAUGAUCGUAGACAACACUACGAUGCAGCUGGUCAGCAAUCCAAAUCAGUUCGAUGUGAUGGUCGCUCCCAACCUGUACGGUAACAUUAUUGAUAACAUCGCGUCCGGAUUGGUCGGUGGCGCCGGUGUUGUAGCCGGUGCAUCUUAUUCGGCUGAACAUGCCGUCUUCGAGCCGGGUGCACGACACACGUUUGCUGAAGGUGUGGGCAAGAACAUUGCCAACCCGACGGCGAUGCUCCUGUGCUCAUCCAAGAUGUUACGCCACGUGAAUCUACUGCCGUACAGCCAAAUGAUUUUCCAGGCCGUACAGAACGUGCUGCGUGCUGGCAAGAUUCGCACCAAGGAUCUCGGUGGUCAGAACACAACUAACGAGUUUACCCAGGCCGUUAUCCACAAUCUGCGAUAAGCUGUGACACAGCGCCAACAUCCACUCCCACUAUCCAAAUCGUGCCCUGGACCUGAAGAAAAUCGGACAUAGUCUAAUGGUGUGUUUGCUGGAUACUGAGUGCUAGGAUUCCGAACGAAGGACGAAUUGACAUACUUUAAAUCCCGCCUCCCGUACCAAUCCCAUCUAAACAAUUUAGUCCUGCAAAAACACGAUAGUAUUUUUUUUUCUUCACCUCGCUCUUUUCAGUAUCUUUCUACUCCCAGUCUAUCUUAUUUAUUUCUGCUAUCGUCCCGGAGGAAACGCCUCCCCUACCCCCCCAUAAAUGAAUGCAAAUAGUGCUCAUAGUGUUUAUUUAGUGGAAAUGUUUUAAAAACAACGGUCAACCAUAUUUAUUCAAUUUACCAAAGGAGAGAGGAAGCAGUUCGAUCUACUAGUAAGCGCAGUAAGCAGACGUUCUCGAUCGAGGCGAUCAGAACGGAGUAUGAUGCCAUCUAAAAUCGCUCGGCAGUGACGAGAGCAUUAACGAAAUUCAAACAAAACCCUCGCCAGUAGAGAAAGCAAUUUGAGACCGGAUUGUGCGCUGCCGUUGUAUGUUUCUAGUAAAUGACGAGUCAUCGAAUAAUAAACAAAAAUACAACAACACACAAAAGUGUAGCGGCUAUUACAGCGAGCAUCGUUUAACAAUUCUUACUGAAAAUGUGUAUAGCUAUGCCUUUGAUCCUCUUUCGCACAAUAAAUAAUUUUGUCUGCGUGCCAUCUAAAGGUACAGUAUAUGCCACUAAGCGCUCUCUGUUCAACUGGAACGUGCUGCCUUCGUUCAC